AUCUAACCAUUUAGGCAAGUUGGCUCCGAAAACGUCUCAAAACCCCAUUAACACGUCUUGGAGCUUCUGUGGGGCUCAAACCCCUAGGUUAACGCAUCCAUCCACUAUAAUAUCAACCCACCACCAAAAGCUUCCACCUUUAUACAGAAGGCUGUUACAAAAAGAUUAUCUUUUGGCAAUCGAGCAUUUUCAGAGAGAUCAAUGAAAGCCGUGUACGGUGGAGAUGCUUUCCCCCCCAGCCGCUCCCGAAGCUGCAUAAACGUCUGCCUGGCGGCGACAUCUGUUGUGUUGGUCGCAACCAUCGUACUCGUGAUCCUCUGCCUGACGGUGUUCAAAGCCAAGGAUCCCACCACGACGGUUAACUCCGUCGUCUUGAAAGACCUCGACUUGGCACUCAACAUUCCACGUCUCAGCGUGGACGUGAACUUGACUCUGGGCGUGGACCUAUCCGUGAAUAACCCGAAUAAAGUCGGGUUCAAGUACAAAAACAGCACUGCGUUUUUGAACUACAGAGGGACCAACGUGGGCGAGGCCCAAAUCGGGUCGGGCGAGAUAUUCGCGGACAGGACCAAGUCCAUGAACGUGACACUGACAAUCAUGGCGGAUCGGCUGCUGGGGAAGUCGGAGCUCUUUUCGGACGUGGUGGCCGGAACGCUGCCGUUGAACACUUUGACCAAAGUCUCCGGGGAAGUCAGCGUUUUGGGGAUUUUUAAGAUUCAUGUCGUUUCGACCUCCUCCUGCGACUUCAGAAUCGAUGUCGGUAACGUCACUGUCGGACAGCAACACUGCACGUACAAGAUAAAACUAUGAUUUUUGUUUUUUGCUUGCUAUCCCGGAUUUUCUUAUUUCUGGAUUUUUAUGGUCUGUCAGCUUGUGCGAGCUGAAUUAACUGAUUUGCCACUCUUGUAGUAUAUUUUGAAUUAUUUGCUACAUGACAUUUCCCAAAACAUUUUAUUGUA